UAAACGCAGCGGACGUAGCGUUCGUUCUUCGUUGUUUUCAGUUGAAUAUUUUGCUUAAGUAUUUCUGUUGUUUCGAAUUAAAAGUGUGACAGUGUGAUAAGUGUGUGUGCGAAAAUGUCGCUGUCUCACAUUGACAGCAACAAGAACACAAAGGAUGCCAAGUUGCUGCUGCCAAUAUAUCCUCGCGUUGCGCCUUUGCAGAAAAUAUUCAUUGAUGAUUUGACGGCGACACAUUCGAUGGAUCGACGUCGUCAAUGGCGUGUGCCCUGGUUCAUUUUAUUGAUGUGCUUUAUGCAGAUAUCGCUGCAUCUGAUUUCCAAUGAGUGCAUGCAACGGCGUCUCAUCUAUAGGCCGGAAUCAUGCCACGAAUAUUGGCGCUACUUUACCUACAUGCUGCUUCAUGCGGACGUUUGGCAUUUGAGUAUUAAUAUGUGUCUUCAGUGCUUUAUUGGGAUCUGGCUGGAACUGGAGCAGGGUCAUUGUCGUGUGGGCCUGGUUUAUAUUGCGGGCGGCAUUUGUGGGGCAUUGGCCAAUGCCUGGUUGCAGCCGGAGCUGUUGUUGUUGGGUGCCUCCGCGGGCGUCUAUGCGAUGCUGUGCAGUCAUGUGCCGCACCUGGUUUUGAACUUCUCACAAUUGUCGCAUCGCUUUGUACGCAUUGCUGUGAUUUUGAUAUUGCUAGUCAGUGAUGUCGCAUUCACAGUUUAUCAUUUUUGCAUCAAUCACAACCGCAAUCCCCGCAUUAGUCUUGACGCCCAUCUGGGUGGCAUUUUGGCCGGUUUCCUUUGCGGUUUCAUCUUUUAUCGGCGACUGGAGCGCAUAUCCACAACAACAACAACUUGGCAUUUUUUGAGUACUCGAAGUGCCUAAUACUAAUUAAUUCCAUUGUCUAUAUAUAGACACACUGUUUUUAGCUUUACAUUAGUCUUAAACCAUUUAGAAUUCCACACGAAUCGCAGGAGAGGUUAAUUAUACAAUCUUUCCAUCAUUAUUUUGUCCCAUUUUUUUUUUUUUUUUUGGCAACUUGAGUGAUUUUUAUGGUCACGUACUUUUAGGGCUAUUCAUAAUUAUUUUUAUCAUUCUUUGCUAUAAGAGAACAAUUGCUUGAAUAAAUGUUAUUUUACACUUUCGAA